GGCGGAGGGGACGAGCCAUCGACAUCCGCCGCGGACGACCAGCCACCCGCGUUGGCCAAGCCGCUGCACCUGCAGCGCAUCGAGCGGGCCGUCAAGCUCGACAACUUUAUCAACUUCAUUCACAACUACUUCUCGACGCCCCUCAAUGACGACGCCCAGGAGACCGAGGCCGAGAGCUUGUCGGACAUCGACGAGGACGGCGACGUUCUCAACGGCGGCGAGAGCACCACCCAGUCGGAGACGGACCGGCGUGCCGAGAAGAUGAAGAUGUACAACUUUGACAGCGUCAAGAAGAGCCGGCGCUGGCUCAAGAACGUGCUGCUCAGCGACACGUCGUCCUCGGAGGAAGACAACUCGCCCACAGAGGAUGACCUCCAGGACUGGCUGCGCCUCCACAAGCUGCACCAGAUUGCCAGGGCUGAGCUCAAUGCAGACCCCUGAGUUGCGGCAGUACCAGUACUACGGAGUGGGCAUGCUUUCCCAGCACGACCCGUUUCCCGAGCACCAGAAGGCCUUCCUGGGCAACAAGAAGAAGGCCAAAGAGAAGAGGGCCAUGGAGCGCAAGAAGGCCAAGCUAAAAAGGAUCAAGAUGGAGCCUGAUUAUGAUGACGACUCGUUUAACCAGGACAACUCUGAGGGGGAGGCCGCCAGCCUAGACGACUCGCGCCGCAGCCCGGACAGCAUGUAUGGGGAUGGGCCGGGCCCCAACCACAUGUCCGGAGGGGCAUCGCGGUCCCACGGCCGCAAGAAGAGCGCCGCGGCCAUUGAGGCUUCUAUGAACCUGAAGCGACGACGCCUCUGGGUGGCCCUGUCCAAGAAGGAGAUUGCCAGGGCGCAGAAGCAGAAAGCGAAUGUCCACAAGGAGAUGCUGACGAAUGCAAAAAAGCUGGCAGUGGCGUGCCAGCGGGAGGUGCGGCGCUCGGCGCUGGGCUCCCAAAAGACUGGCCGGGACGUGGCCGGGGGCCGUGGCCGCCGGCUUGCCCGCGAGAUGGCCCUCUACUGGAAGCGCUACGAGAAGGUUGAGAAGGAGCACCGCAAGCGUGCCGAGCGCGAGGCUCAAGAGCAGCUGCGCAUGGACAUCGAGCUGCGUGAGGCCAAGAGGCAGCAGCGCAAGCUCAACUUCCUCAUCACUCAGACGGAGCUGUAUGCGCAUUUCAUGAGCCGCAAGAUAUCUGGCGGGGACCCUGAUCCCCGUCAGGACGAGAUUCUUCAGAACCUCGACGAGUCGGCGUCGUGUUCCCGUUCCAGCUCGCUGCUAGAUGCAGAGGACGAUGAUUACGAUAAGGAGGCCGUGAAGGCGCAGGCUCUGCACAAUGCAGAGGAAGCGUACAGGGCGCACCAGGCUAAGACUGAAGGAUUCGAUGCAGAAGUCAAGUGUCUGAAGACGCCGACGAAGAAGGGAGCGUCGACGCAGAACGAUUUAAACGAUGACUUCAGAGUGACGGCCGACCCGAACCUGACAACGGAAGACCUCUCGCAGCCGCGCAUGUUCGAAGGAAAACUGAAGAGUUAUCAACUCAAGGGCAUGAACUGGCUGUACAGCCUCUACGACAAGGGCAUCAACGGGAUCCUUGCCGACGAGAUGGGCCUUGGCAAGACUGUACAAACCAUCGCAUUCCUAGCCGCACUGGCGGAGGUUCAGAACAUCUGGGGUCCAUUCCUAGUCAUUGCCCCAGCGUCUACGUUGCACAAUUGGCAGCAGGAACUGACCAAGUUUGUUCCCAGGUUCAGGGUGGUGCCGUACUGGGGCAACACGAGCGACCGCAAGGUGCUGCGCCAGUUCUGGAAUGGCAUGCACCAGCUGGGUGGGGAGCGCGCCUCGUUCCACGUGGUGGUCACCUCGUACCAGCUGGUGGUGCAGGACGUUAAGUACUUCCAGCGCAUCCACUGGCAGUACAUGGUGCUCGACGAGGCACAGGCCAUCAAGAGCACCUCCAGUGUCCGGUGGAAGAUCCUGCUGUCAUUCCACUGCCGCAACCGUCUACUCCUCACCGGUACACCGAUCCAGAACACCAUGGCCGAGCUGUGGGCCCUGCUCCACUUCAUCAUGCCGACACUGUUCGACUCGCACGAGGAGUUCAACGAGUGGUUCUCGCGCGACAUUGAAAGCCACGCCGAGAACAAGUCCACCAUCGACGAGAAGCACCUGUCGCGCCUGCACAUGAUCCUCAAGCCCUUCAUGCUGCGGCGCAUCAAGAAGGACGUCGAGAACGAGCUCUCGGACAAGAUUGAGGUGCAGGUGUACUGCUGGCUGGCGCAGCGCCAGAAGGCCCUCUACCAGGGCCUGCGCAACAAGAUCUCCAUCGAGGACCUGAUGCAGUCGUCGGGCGCCGCCUCGUCGCAGGCCCAGUCGGCCACCUCCUCGCUCAUGAACCUCGUCAUGCAGUUCCGAAAGGUCUGCAACCACCCCGACCUGUUCGAGAGGAGAGAGGUCCGCUCGCCAUUCCACAUGAAGGGCUCCACCUUCGAGCUGUCUCGAUUUCUCUUCUCUCGGGGCGUCCUGAGUGGCUGGAACGAUCACCACAGCCGGUGGUGGCCCAACGUCUUUCACCCGAGCCACGUUCAUCACUCUAUCUUUAAGCAGGCAGAAGGACGACCCGCAAGCGGCUUCUCGUUCUGCCGGUUCGUCAGCCUUUCCCCCGCGGAACUCGCCAAGGUCAUGCUGUGCAGCCUUCUGGAGAGGUUUCUAGCCAUCGUGAAGGAACUGAAGGAGGCACAGCGGCGGCAUCACCGCUACGUAUGGCACGGGGACGAGAAGGACUUAAGUUCCGGCGGACGAGUGUGCCCGCAAGACCUGCUCGUGAGCCGGCACGCCCCGCUGGGAGCCGCUUCGCUCGCACAGGGCGGCCCGCUGAGCCGGCUGGUGUUUGCCGCGGACCGGCGUUGUUAUGGCUUUGCCGACCAGCGCAUCCACGCCAUGGCUGAGACGACGGCGCACCGGGAGAUGCGGCGGCGCAAGCUUCGCAGCCCUCGCCACACUCACCACCAUCACCACCACCACCAUCACCACCAUCAUCACCCCCACGGCGACGGGUUGACUCCGAGUGGCAGUGCGGAGGCGACGGUGCCGGCAACUCCGGUGACGCCGCACCACGCGACACCGUCGACGAGUGCGGAAGCCCAGUCUAAGAAGCCAUCACAUCCUCCACAUCCUCCGCCAGCGAGUCCUCCGCCGCUGCCAGAGUUCCCGCACCGGCCACGACCGGUUCAGGUUCGGGAGUGCCUUCCUGCAGACCUGCCUAGGUUCCUUGUCUCCUGUGUUGCGCCGCGGGUGACGGCCGAGCCCUCGAACAUCGAGUGCCUGUCCAACCGUGCCCUCUGGUGGUGGAAAGGGGUGCAGGCGUGUGGCAGCGCCGAAGCUCAGCGGUGGUGGCGGACUGGCUCAAUAAGCCCCGAACCUCCAGCGCCAGGAUUCGAGCCCCGGGACCCGCCAGAAGGGGGCAUUGCGUCUGCGAGACCGUUCCAUGGAUGGUCGCACAUAUCAAUACCGGAUAAGGAGACCCUGGUGACGGACUCCGGCAAGCUCCAAGUGCUGGACCAGCUUCUGCGAAAACUGAAGGCCGAGGGCCAUCGGGUUCUCAUUUACUCGCAGAUGACGCGCAUGAUCGACCUCCUCGAAGAGUACAUGUGGCACCGGAAGCACACGUACAUGCGGUUGGACGGUUCCUCCAAGAUCUCCGACAGGAGGGACAUGGUCGCAGAUUUCCAGGCCAGGUCGGACAUCUUUGUGUUCCUUCUGAGCACGCGUGCCGGUGGCCUUGGAAUCAACCUCACAGCUGCCGACACGGUGAUCUUCUACGACAGUGACUGGAACCCGACUGUGGACCAACAGGCCAUGGACCGGGCCCACCGUCUGGGCCAGACGAAGCAGGUGACCGUGUACCGGCUCCUCUGCAAAGGGUCCAUCGAGGAACGCAUCCUUCAGAGGGCUCGAGAAAAGAGCGAGAUCCAACGCAUGGUGAUCAGCGGUGGCAACUUCAAGCCUGACACACUCAAACCCAAGGAGGUUGUGUCGCUGCUUUUGGACGACGCCGAGCUGGAGAGGAAGUUCCGGCAACGUCAGGAGGAACGGAAGCAGCUCGAGGACAACGUCGAGAAGCCCAAGGAACGCAAGAGGCGAAGCGACAAAGGCGAAAAGCGGGGCCCUCGUAAAAAGAAACUCGUGGAACACAAUGUGACGACCAGCGCUCCUGCGGCGAUGGCUCCUACGCCGCCUCCCACGCUGCCCUCGCAACAGGACUCCGAGUCCAUCGUCAGCCUGGACUCCGUCCCACCAAGCCCGUACAGUGAGCGUUCGCUCAGCAGCGUGGCUGUCGCGCAAGAUGAUGACAGCAGCGACGGUCCCCUCAUCGUGGACGAUGGCAGCCCGUCGAGCACCCCGUUGCCUCCGCUGAGCGCUUCAGGGGACAGUCCCGGAGCACCAUCUCCAGGUGGCAAAAAGGGCCGGGGCACGGGUAGGAGUCGGGGUAGGCCACGAGGUUCAACGCGCAGGGGAGGGGCCACACUGCGGGGCCGGGGAUCUAUGCUGGCAGCCGCCGAGCGAGCUGGAGCCCAAGCAGGAGCCCAGGCUGGCUUUGCAGCCUACGGUUACAGUGUUCCCUGGAACGGUGCAUCGUCAACCGGCGGAGCGUCGUCCUCGGUGGCAACACGCGGUGGUGCUGCGGGCAGUGCGUUUCGUGGCGCCCUCCUCCAGCAGCCCGGGCCAUCAUCGAGGCACGGCUCUCCGCGUCCCUGCCUGGGUCAGGCAUCUUCGUCCUCGUCGUCGUCGGGAGCUUCCGGUUCCUCUUCUGGCUCCCAGUCGGCGCUGCAGCAGCACCUCUCCCAAAGGCCGCUAUAGCUUUUCCCGAAAUGCUGUUGAACUCCUGAAAUGUUAUCCGCAGCCAGCUCGUCGGCAGCAAGCCACCACAAGCCACUCAGACACCCAUCUGUAAUUUUAGACGCACUCUUUGCAACUCCGCACUGCCUUGCCAGCCAGCGAACUGACGACACUGACUGGCCCGAGGCAUCUGGACCUGUGUGAUGUCAUCACUCAACGUCAUUGGCCGUCGGCCUACGCUGGGCGUUCCCGCCUGCAGUGCCAUUGUGAAGUCGAACGUCAAGUGAGUUGCGGCUUAGUUUAACCUCGAGACUUUCUUGGCAUCAUCUAGUCGCAUCGUUGACUGGUCUGCGCAUGAUCCUCCGUACCGACUUGUGAAGUCAGCGCCGUAGCUGAUUUGUGGCACCAACUUCCGGAGAUCUGACGUGACAAAUCAUUGUCAAGGUGAAAAUCGUCGACUGGUGGACUAGCACGGGAGCUGUCGGUUGGUGCGGGGCAUAUGCCAUAUCAUCAAGCGACAUUGUUGAUUGGUGGAUUACGAAGCCGCUGCUGGGAAAAAGGUUAAACCUGUGUUGCAUCAUCAGACAACAUGGUUGGAAUGGUCCUCUACGCGAGGACGCCUUCUCGUUACACACAGUUGUGGUGAACUCGCACAAGUGCGUUUUUGGACUCCUUCUGAGCACAUUUUUUUUUGGUUCGUGCCAUAAUUACUAGAAGCCUAGUCCAUUCUGGCCCCUCAUAGCGGUGCUGAACUAGGCUCGUUGUGAUUUUAACCUUGAGAAAAGUUUUGCAAGAUCUUUUGAAUACCACAGCGGUCGCUACAGUUCUUUCAACAUAAAAACUGAGCAUAAAAGCAUUUCGUUAUAGGUAUGCUUUUUUUGUACCUCACUCAUCAAGCGGCUAAAGUUUUCUUGUUGCCAGAGUGUGCAUAUUUUUUCUCGUGUACAUUGCGCUCAAAGGAGCUCCCUGUUUCUCGUCUGCCUCGUGUUCGCCAUUUGAACACAGUUUAAGAUGUAAACGAUUCAGCACGACUCUCUCUGGCUGCGCGCCAAAUUGAUGCUACAGAUGCGAGGAUCACGGGAUGGCGUGUGGCAAAGAACCGAUGUCUUACCUACGCUGCACUUUGUAGAAGUCGACCGAACAUAGUUUCAGGAAAUGCUCCUGUGUGUGGUUUCAUUAACGGAAUAUUUCCCAGUUGGAACACUGACGGAACUUGUUCAGAGCUGGAGGUGUCAACGCCUCAUCUGAAUAUCACUGUAAAGAAACAAAGCCGCCAGCUGUGAGGUGUUCAUGGCUAAUGUGAAUGACUAAGUGACCACAGUUUAUUUCGUCGCAGAGCUUACGUAUAUAGUGAGUGCCGUUUUAUCGUGACUUCGUUUUUUCGGUCUCUUUUCUUCAGUGUGAAGAGGGGAUGCAUUUCUUUUUGCUGUUGUUUUUCUGUGAUCACGACGCUUUCAAAACUGAACAAUGUUCAAGUGGCAUUAUAAGCAUGUUCAUUGUUUUCUUUGUCUCUCAAAGAGCUGUGUUGUGUCUGAAUAGGCCUACGUGAUAAUGGCACCGUCUUUGAAGUUGCAUUGUGUUGUGCAAGGCUUGCGCGUACCAAGCCUUGUGUCGCCUUUUUUCUUCUUGCCAUGUCGUGCAAGCCAUGCUUGCACAGUAUACACCAGCGCCUGCUGACUUGCUGUAAAAGCGCUGUGAACAGUCGAGCUCCCAAAAGGAAAAAGAAAAUUAAUAUAGCAUCGACAUCUGCCUUGCUGUGAGCGAAUGAAAAGUAAAAGGCCCAAAAGCGCCGUCCUGUUAUGGCUUCAGACAUCCAGAAUUGAAUUGGAAGUCGUGUUUAACUUAAAACACCCGAAAGCUCGAGCCAAGCCUGCGUUGCGCUCAGUGACAUCGCUACAAAAGAUUGAUGACCGGCCUCGAAUUGGUGACGGCGAAAUUGCCGCGAAGUUCUCCGCUGGGAUUUCGGAAAAGAAAAAAGUGCGAGUAUGUUGAUAGCGUAGCACUUACGAAUGCCACGCACUGUAAAUAAAGUUUACUUCGAGACCAAC